ACCUUCCCACUUUACUUUUACCUUAUUACACUUUGCCUUGUUACAGCACAGCAGUCUAUCUCUUCGAAAAAACAAACACCGCCUAAACCUCGAGCGAUCGCUUCAACAGCGCUAAAUUAGUUACCGCACUUUCGAAGCAAAUCCUCAAAGUCUCAAGCACGGAACAGUGUGAAUGAGGAACUGAGGAAGAAUGUCAGAAUUCUAUGCGGCGGCGACGCCGAGCGCCAGCGUCAGAAGACAGAUGGAGUAUCUGAAAGGAAAUGCGGCGAAGAUUGUAGAAAACCACAUAAACCAAGCUUCGGCGUAUAUUCGGACAGAAGAUUCCGACAAUCCGUUGGUGUAUAGCAAGACCUGCAUAACUUUAGGAAGCACUAUCGAUUCAGCUAUCGCGAUGAAUGCAGUUCCAUCAUCAUUUCAUCUUCCCCAGCUACUUUUGAUUGUUAGAGAGGUUUAUAGGCGUAAAACAGAAUUGCAACAACCAUCAUUGAUGUUGCUCAUGCUACCUAUCAAGGCUGCUUGUAAAGUUGGCUGGUUUUCAGAUGGAGAUAAAGCUGAUCUCCUUAUGAUCGUAGAGGAGGUAUGCAAGGGGUUCUCAGACACAGAGAAAAUGAGUAUUGAGCCAACCUAUGCACAUUCUUGUGUUUCAAACAUAAUCUUAAGAUUCUAUCCAACAAUGAAGGUGGAAAAUAUACUUACUUCAUUUGAUGUGAAGGCUGGAUAUGGGACUUUUGUAGUUGAUUUUCACAUCUCUCAGGGUACAUUGCCUCGCAACUGUCGAAAUUUGUGGCUUUUAGUAGCUCGAAUGGACAAUAUGGAUACAGCUGCAUGUAUUGCCAGCCCAUCAAAUGUAGACUUUCUCAUCAAUGGUAAGGGAGUACCUAAGAGGACCAAAAGCACCAUGGGUAAAGGACCACAACUCCCAUCAAAUGUGACGAAAAUGAUAAAGUAUGGAGUAAAUUUACUACAAGUUCUUGGGGACUUUGAUGGACAAUAUAUUAUUGCAGUAGCUUUUAUGAAUUUAAAUCCAUCUCCUGAUCUUCCUCCAUUGAAAGAUUAUGUCCACACAAUGUCUACUGUAGUUGACUCUGAUUGCAAUGUUAUUGGGACUUCAUCACUUAUUUCACUUGACUGCCCCAUUAGUAAACUUCGUAUAAGAACUCCUGUGAAAGGGCAUCUCUGCAAGCAUCCUCAGUGCUUCGAUUACAAGUAUUUUAUGGAAGUGAACUCAAGGUGGCCUACUUGGAAUUGCCCUAUCUGUAAUAUCCCACUUUGCUAUCUUGAUGUACGCAUCGAUCAGACUUUUGUAAAGAUGUUGAAUGAGGUGGCAGAGGAUGUUAGUGAUGUAAUGGUAUCAGCAGAUGGAUCCUGGAGUGUUGCCACGAAAACAAAGAGCCAGACCGUUGAAAGCGUCACCCGAAAUAAUAAUCAUGUUCCUAAUUCUUCUUUGCCUUCACAGAGUUUGCAUAAAACCGAUGUUGGUUCAAGUACAACUGAGCAAGCUCAAAGUACAAGUUCCCCGCGUUCUGUUGCUCUAGCUUUCGGGCACCUAAGGAGAGGAGGAGAGCAACAAGACUACACCCAUCUUGAUCCAUCUCAACCUGAUGUUGGUACAACCGAGCAAGCUCAAAGUACAACCAUGUCUACACCACCACCUGUUCGAUCUCAACCUCAACAGGCUCCGCCACCUACUGGAGAUGUGAUGCUGGUUGGGAGAAUGAGGGGGAGUUUGAGAGGUGACCAGCUGGCGGCGGCUAGAGACAGAUUGCUUGCACCACCACGACAACCGCUUCUGUGGUCAAGACCAACAUCAACUCUUCCUAUUGCAUUACUAAUGCAAUCAACCACUACCAAUUCUAGUCAUAACACUCUAAAUCUCCCAAACUAGAAAUGUCUUUUUUUUUUUUUUACUUCAACUUCAAU